UUCUCAUCGUUGCAUUACAAAAAUAAGAAGAAUCAAGAAUGAAAACGGUUUUGCAUAUGACGAACGUGUUUUGUGCCUUGACGGUGGUUGAGUGCAUCCCAGAAUUACAGUUAUUACAAGUUGUAUUUGCUCAUAAAACGUAUGCCCCAAUUCUGGAUCUCAUAAGCAGUAAUGUUACGGAUUCACCAACCAGUUUAACAUACGAACACUUUAUCAACGCUCCCCGCAGCAUGCCCAACGCUGGUAUGCUUAACAUGUACAACCUAGGAGCUCAUUUACGUGAGGUUUACAAUGAAUUUUUGGGUGGCAUAUAUAUGGAAAAAACGAUGAAAAUGCAAACUGCUGAUUAUCCGUUAUCGAUGAUGUCUGGCCAAUUAGUGAAUGCAGGUCUUUGGCCUCCGACGGAGAUUCAGAAAUGGAAUAACGAUAUAAACUGGCAGCCGAUACCAACAGAUUACGUGUCCAUGUGCAAAGAUACUCUGUUACUCGGAAUGUAUUGUCCAAGUUUUGCUUCUGAAACGAUGAAAGUGUUGAAUAUGGAUCAAGUGCGAGCAACAAUAAAGGAUCAUUCAACUUUGUUCGAGGCUUUGUCUCGAUACACUGGUAUGGAAAUUAGCCAGCCGUCUCAAGUGGCUUUAUUAUAUGCUGUUCUUGAAACGCAAGCAGAUCUGAAUCAGACGCUUCCAUAUUGGGCGAGUGACGUAUUUCCCCAUGGAGAGAUGUAUAACGUGUCCUUGUUGGAGUAUGACCUCCUUUCGCAAACUCUUCUGCAAAAACAAUUAAACGGAGGGACGAUCUUGAAAGAAAUUUUAACAAAUUCAUUGUCGUAUAUUAGUGGAAAAAUAUCGAAAAAAAGAAAGCUCAUGAUGUACAGUGGAAACGAGAGGAACAUUAUAGGUGUUUUGAAAAGUUUGGAUUUGUGGUCGCCACAUAUUCCUAACGAGGCUGCCUCGAUAAUAUUCGAAAUGUAUUUUGAUAAUGAAACUGAAACCUACGGUAUGAAGAUUAAUUACUACACAGGAGUGGAAGGAGAGACUAUACCUUUAAAGUUAAAUAACUGCACGAAAAUCUGUCCGAUGAAAAUAUUUUUAGAUUCAAUAUUCGAUCUGUUGCCACAAAAUGAGCAUACAUUAUGUCAUUGGAAGAAGAUCGAAUUUGCAGAUCAACAUAAUUUUGUAAUAAUUGAUAGUGCGAUGUAUAGUAGUACUACAUCGUAUAAAUUAAAAAGUAUUAUGAUUAGUUUGUUACUAAUAGUUACUUUAUUUAUAUUUUAA